CCGCCCACAUCCACCGGGGGCGGGGCCAGGCCGAGUUUUGACCCGGCGCUGGGGGCAACUGUUUGAGUGGCCAGCUCUGCAAUCAACAUGGCAGCGGUGCUCAGGCGGAGCUGCGGGAUCCUGAGAAGUAUUUCACGUUUUGACUGGAGAUCACAACAUACAAAAGCUGCUGUGAAACAUGAACCAGGAUUGGGAUUUAGUUUUGACUUGACUGAGCAGCAGAAAGAAUUUCAAGCUACUGCUCGUAAAUUUGCCAGGGAAGAAAUAAUACCAGUUGCUGCAGACUAUGAUAAAUCUGGCGAGUACCCUGUACCCCUAAUUAAAAGAGCCUGGGAACUUGGUUUAAUGAAUACACACAUUCCAGAGAGUUGUGGAGGUCUUGGACUUGGAACUUUUGAUGCCUGUUUAAUUACAGAAGAAUUGGCUUAUGGAUGUACCGGGGUUCAGACUGCUAUUGAAGCAAAUUCUUUGGGUCAAAUGCCCAUUAUUAUUGCUGGAAAUGAUCAACAAAAAAAGAAGUAUCUGGGAAGGUUGACUGAGGAGCCAAUGAUGUGUGCCUACUGUGUAACAGAACCUGGAGCAGGCUCUGAUGUCGCUGGUAUAAAGACCAAAGCAGAAAAGAAAGGAAAUGAGUAUAUUAUUAAUGGUCAAAAGAUGUGGAUAACCAACGGAGGAAAAGCUAAUUGGUAUUUUCUGUUGGCACGUUCUGAGUCAGAUCCUAAGGCACCUGCUAGUAAAGCCUUUACUGGGUUUAUUGUGGAAGCAGAUACCCCAGGAGUACAGAUCGGAAGAAAGGAAAUAAACAUGGGCCAGAGAUGUUCUGAUACAAGAGGAAUUGUCUUUGAAGAUGUGAAAGUGCCUAAAGAAAAUGUUUUGAUUGGUGAGGGAGCAGGUUUCAAGAUUGCAAUGGGAGCUUUUGAUAAAACCAGACCUCCAGUGGCAGCUGGUGCUGUGGGACUUGCACAAAGAGCUUUGGAUGAAGCUACCAAGUAUGCCCUGGACAGGAAAACUUUUGGAAAGCUGCUUGUAGAGCAUCAAGGGGUAUCAUUUUUGCUGGCUGAAAUGGCAAUGAAAAUUGAACUUGCUAGAAUGGGUUACCAGAGAGCAGCUUGGGAGGUUGAUUCUGGCCGCCGAAAUACCUACUAUGCCUCUAUAGCAAAAGCAUAUGCUGGAGAUAUUGCAAAUCAGAUAGCUGCUGAUGCUGUACAGAUUUUUGGAGGCAACGGAUUUAAUACAGAUUAUCCCGUAGAAAAACUAAUGAGGGAUGCAAAGAUCUACCAGAUUUACGAAGGUACAGCACAAAUUCAAAGGCUUAUUAUAGCCCGUGAACACAUUGGCAGGUAUAAAAAUUAACAAGAUUGCUACAGAAACAUGGUUUAUGAUUGUGUUUUUACAACACAAUUCCCUAAGCUCCAGAAAAAUAGAAAAGGGCUUUCAUAUUUUUCCAGUAAAAAUUUUUAAGUAAAAACUUCUACACUAAAUCUAUGCAACUAUUGUAAUGUUUUUUAUUUUUAUUUAACUAUGUCUAGCUUUUUCUCAAAUAGAUUUGGUUUCAUUCAAGUUAUUUUUUGUCCUUAGUAUCACCAUACUUGAGUUAUGUUAGCCUAGAAAAAUACAUUUGUUGGGCCUCCCGGGUGGCGCAAUGGGUUGAGUGAAGCACUGUGAGGCUGUCUGCAGCCUCUGCAAUGCGAGUUCCAUUUCCGGUUGGCCAGGAAGAUUCCCACAUGGUGUGGCAGACCGCCCGCUGCUCCCCUCAGCAGUGCUUUCAGUCUGUCUGCCUGUUCUGCUCCCCAUUCUGUCUCUGGUGAAUCCUCUCACCCUCCUGCGCCUCUGGCCUGUACCCCAGCUGUUGUAUAAAUAAAAAAUAAAUCUUAAAAAAAAUUUGUUUUGCUAUUUUGACCUCUUAAAAUAACAGAAACUUCCAGUGACCAAUAAAUCAGCAUAUGAAAGUAUUCAGAUUAUCCAAAAUUUGUAUUGGAAAACUAUAUUAGGAUUUGGAUGCUGUUAAAUAACUUUUUGAAAGUUUAAUGAAAUUAUAUUAAAGGAGGUCAUUUUACUAUAAUUUAGGAAGCAUAUUGUUUUCAAUUUGAGACAGUAACUAUCAAAAAUGUAAUGUUCAUAAUCCAUUAUACAACAAUCAGAAGAUAUUUGAAAAUCUUAUUUCAUUCUGAGUCAACAUUUCACUUGCCUUAUGUUAAAUAAAUCAAUGAAACUUGGCUUAAAAUAUUUUUCUAAGACUUUGUUUCUGGGUAGCUUUUGGUCUGUUGUACACAAUCUUAUUUCUUGUGCAUACAUUAUGAAUAGAAAUAUAAAUAAAAUUGUCUGUUUAGAGCUAAUUAGUGUAUC